AUGAACAGUUUGAGAGGGAAUGCAAGAGGUGGUGCGAGGGGAAGUGUGAGAGGCAAUACGAGGGGUAGCCUAAGGGGCGGCGUCAGAGGAAACGCAAGGAGCAGUCAAGUUAAUAUGUACAACGAUAUGAACGAAGGAAAUAGCGACUACGAUCGAGGGGUAACUAUGCACACCCUUGAUCCUUUGACUAGUACCACUUACCAAUCAAACAACACCAGUAGCGCAAAUGCGGCUACUAGCAUUUCAAAUGACGCAAGCACCGCUAGUAAUCACAUGAUGGGUUCUCUAAGGAACAACGUCUACAGUAACAGUAAUACCAGUGGAGGUAGUCCGAACGGUAGCGGUCUCUCCACUGAUAAGUCAAGUAACUUUUCCCAAUAUAAGGAUGGCUUCCUGGACAACACGGAGGCUAGCCAAAUGAAGAACAAAAAUUUUAACAAAAGAGUCGGAAAAAACUUAAAAGUGAAUGGUAUAAACCUUGGCGGAGUUGCCAACAAUCCCGUUAACGCUAAUAAGAACGCAAAGGGAUAUAGAAAUCGUUUAAAUCCUUUUAGCAAAACUUCCAUGAAACAUGGGCAGAUUAACCAAAAUCCUGGGUGGGACGAUAGGGUCAAUGUUGGCACGAUUGGCGGGGAUGAUCGAGAAGAAGAGAAGGAAGUAGACAACCACGAGGUUCAGCAGCGACAAGGGUCCUCCCUCUAUGGCCGCAAUAACCAGCUCUCCCAUAUUGCGCAACAAAAUGUGCAAAACCAGUAUGGCAUACGGAGUGAGUUUUACCAUUCAAAUGACAAUGCGGAAAAUGAAGAGGGAGGGAACAUGUCUGCUCCAAAUGAAGACUUCUAUGGUGACACGCUAGGAGAUGGGUUCCAUGACGAUGCCCAAGAAAGAAGAAACCAAGGGGUACAUAAACCGCACUCCAGAAAUUUAUACGAAAGUAGAAAAUUAGGAAAGAACAAUUUGUUUGUCAACGUAGGCAUUGAUGGUGAAGACAAUGAUGUGGUGAAUCAUCUGGGGGAUGCUAGGGAUCUGGAUGCUGGAGAACCCAACAGGGCGAAUAACAAUCCACUUUUGAGUUUAUCGAGCGGUGAAGAAAUGGAAAAUAUGAACAACCAAAAUAUGGUGAUAGACAAAGUACACCAAAAUAGCAACAUACACAUGACCAGAAACGACAAAAAUAAUGGCACCAUGAACUAUACCAAUGUCGGGAAAAAAAGAAAAAAUGUAAAGUUCGAUAACAGCACGUUUCAAAAGCAGAAACAAAAAAAAAAUUAUUAUAAGACAUUUAACGAUUCUUUAAAAAGGUAUAACAAUAACUCGCUAAAAAUUAUGAAUGCAGGUAUAAAAAAGGGAGGCAAUUCGUCCUUUUAUGGAAUUCCGGAAGAUGAAAAAGGGCUCCUGGAUAUUAACAUCCGUGUGAAUACACUUGCCGAUCAGGUGCAGUCCCAUGGCAAUGACGGCGAUGUAAUGGACACCGAAAAUAAAAGCAACAUUUCACCAAAUAACACCGCACCAAAUAACAGUGCACCGAGCGCUACCGCCGGGGGAACUAAGACGGUCAGCCGAAACAACCACUUCAGUAACUUCUAUCCAAGCAUGAAGAAAAAACCGUUUAACAACAUGACCUUCUCGCUUAACAAGUAUCUGAACUCUUAUGUAAACUUUGACCGGAUUAAAAACAAAAGAAUGAACAAUGAAAAGGUAAUAAACAAAAGAAGCAGCACAGUUACAGCGGCGAUGGGCGCUAGGAAUGAUGCGGAUAUGUGUGAUAGCACCUUGGUUAACCCGGGACAGAAUUUUGAUGAUCGAAACACCUCAGAUCAGAAUGGGAAUGAAUCCUUUACUACUUACAAAGCUGGGUCCAGCGAAUUCGCCCAGAUGGGAAACCCCAACGGGGGGAACCUCUCCGAAUUGAAUGCCCUCGCCAAGAACCUCAACUUGGAGCUACUAAAAAAUUUGAGAAACAGCCUACAAAAUGAGAUGAGCCGGAAUGGAGGCAAUAAGGAUAACUCCAAGGUUAAGAGCAACUGUCCAAGUUAUAUCGAGUGCCUCAGCGAGGUGUCUGAAAUUAGUGAUGAAGAAGGGGGAGAUGAAAGUGAUAAGGAGAGGGAUGACAGUGCCCAAUUGGGAAGGGAUAAAAACACCUUUACCCAGUGGACUAAUAACAUGGCCGAAGCGGAAUCGGCAAGGGGGAUGGGUGAGGCCAACGGAACCUCUGCUUCACACGCUGCUAACAGAGGGGUAACACAUGGGUAUGCCUUAAACCAGGGUCCUUAUGGCAAGACGGACCUAAUACAGAGUCUAUAUAGCCUGUACAACAAUGAUAAGGGAGCGGAUGCAAAUUCAAAUGUGAAGGAAGAAAUUAGUGCUGAACAACCAGGUGGGAAAUCAUUUCAAGGUGGAGUUGAAUCGAGCGAUAAUUAUCACCACUAUGGGGAUAAUCAUUCUGUCGAACAAACGGAGAGUACAACAGGCAAAAAAGGAACCUCAUUUGGAAGCCCCAAUAAUGUCGAAAUGAACGAAUUGGGAGAAGAAAACGAAGAAGAGGAAGAAGAAACGGAACCGUUUGAACAAAUGAGAAACGAAGAUUUGUUUAUUAACUCAUAUAUGCCAUAUCCUCCAGAAAAAUACAGUAGUAUGUACGAGCUGCACGAAAUAAAAAUUUUAUCUCCUCAUAUAUUAAAGACAAAAUUUCAGAAAGAUGGAAAAAGCAGUUAUCAUUCUUCCCUAAAGGAUGGGAAGCUAAUUCUGCUACUUGACCUCGAUAACACAUUACUACAAGCUACAUCCUUUGCAAAAUUUAACAUGGAAUUACCUUUAGAAAAUUUUGUUGAUGAAAAUGGAGAACCCGAAUUGUAUAAAUUCUUCCUACCGUAUUAUAACUUUUUUUAUUACUUAAAAUUUAGACCCUAUGUACGUCAGUUUUUGCAAAUUCUAUCCCUGUACUAUGAGCUCUCCAUUUAUACCAAUGCGACUAGAGAGUAUGCAGAUGUAGUUAUCGCUAUUUUGGACCCGGAUAGAACCUUGUUUGCUGAUAGAAUAGUUGCUAGAUGUAAUUCUGCUGAUAGGGAGGAAAAUAAAAAUUUUUCCAAAAUAUAUCCUAAUGUAGACUCCAAGUAUGUUAUUGCUUUUGAUGAUCGAAAAGAUGUUUGGACAGACAUUCCCCACUCAAAUAUUCUAAAAGCAGAACAUUAUAAUUUUUUCGAACUAAGUAAAUAUGAUAUAAUUUCUCAUUUUAAAGAACCCAGUACAUGUAAGAAAAGGUUCGUUGAUAUGGAUAUGCAUCUCCAUUUCAUGACUAAAGUUCUCCUCAAAUUACAUAAACAUUUUUUCGAAAGACCACUGGAGGUAAAUGUUGGAAAACUCAUGGAUGAAAUUAUGUUAAGUACAUUAAGCAAUGUUGGAGUAUAUUUUACAGGCUUUAGAAAAAACUCCAAAAAUUCGCAGCAUGUACUUUCAUCAGAUUGUGAAGAUAGGCAAAAAGAAAUAGCCUUGGAAUUAGGUGCAAAAAUUUAUACAAACUAUGACAUGCCUGGGGUUACACAUAUUAUUGCAGCUAAAAAUUGCACUGAUAAUUUAAUAAAAUCAAAGAAUGCCAAUUAUAAUCAUAUACAGAAAGUCCACACUCUGUGGCUUUACCAUUGUAGGGGUACUUUGCAAAGUGGAGACUCUGCCUUUUUUGAUGCCGAUGAGUUGUGUAAAAUUUACAAUAACAAACCGCCUCUGCACCCUAAAAAGGAUCACUGGUUUUUUGGAAAUAAAGACGAAAUGAGAAAGCAAGAUGAUAAUAGUGAAUGCAUAAAAAUAGAAAAUCUUAAAUCUAGAAUUUUUUUGGGUACAGGUGAAUAUACGAACGAUGCAGUUAUAUGCUCGCCGCUCGAACAGAUCAACAUUAAGUGGAUUGAAAAGGAAGUCAAGUUAAGGCAAAUUUAUGAUACACCUGGUGGUGCUACUUCUUCUUCCCCUGUUGGGGCAACAACAGAUGCACAACAGCGCGACAAGGACGCAAUGCGCGAGAGGACCCCGCACAGUGAAAUGAGUCCCCUUGGAGAACACAUGGACGAGGAUGACAAUUUUACCUAUGAAAAUGGCAACGUGGAGGAGGAAGAAGAUGAAGAAGAAGAAGAGAUAGAGGAAGCACAAGGCGAAGACAUUAACUUGGGUACCAGCUAG